AUGGCAAAAGAAUCGAAAAGCAAAGGAAACAUUAAAAAGAAAAAAAGAAAGAGAAAAUUAACAUGCUGCCAGAGAUGCAAACGCAGAAUUGUCAAGUGGUUUUACAGAAGGACAAAAAGAUGUUGUAAGAAAGCUAUUUUUGGUGUUCCAGAUCCAAAACUAUCAGACUAUGACAUAGCUGGAGUUAAUUUAGGAGACGCCAGGGACAAAUUAAAAAUUAAUAAAAGCAAAUCUAUUAAGGAUAACUCUGAAAAGAAAAAGCCCUCCAUUGUUACCUUGUAUAAAAGUAAUAAAAAUAAAUCGAUAAUUAGUAUACCAUUUAAACAAAAACUCAUCAGGGAAUAUGACGAUAUAUCUAUAAUCAAACCUAAGGGUAGUAAUAUUAAGGCAAUUAUAAGUGAUUUUAAAGAAAGAAAUUUGUAUAUAGGAUUAUCUAAAGAUUUUACAAAAAGCGAUAGAGAUUUUUUUUCUAAAAAAGCAAAAGAAUACGAAGAAAAAUAUAAAAAAGCUUCCCUUUUAGACGAUUUAGACAAAUAUAAAAGAAGUUCAUACAUGAAAAAGUAUGAUGAUAAGUACAAAAAUCUAUCCUACUUGGAUUUCAAACAACUAGAAAGUAUGGAUAAAGAUAAAUUAAAACAUAAAUUAUCGAUCACAUCUUCUAAACAUAAUAUUUUAAAAACUAUGCUAAGCGACUAUAAGAAAAAGAAGUUUUCGUUAACAGGCUUAUUUAGUAAAUCCAAAGUGGAUAUGGAUAAACUUGAUAAAGAGAAAAUACAAAAACUAAUAGAACUAUACAAAGAUAAAAAGAAGAAGAGUUUUACUUUCGUCAAACAAUCCAAAAUUAAACAGCUUAAAUCAGAUUUGAGAGCGAAAUUAGCUGGCAUAAAUUGA